AGGGGGAGCAUGUGGUUGGAUGAGAAAUUUAUACACUGAGUUGCAUAGGAUAUCAUUUUUAAUGACAAUUUCAUAAACUGAGGUUGCAUACAUGUUCCAUUUGGACAAGACCGAAACCAAAUAUGUGACUUCCUGUCUCUAUGGAGUUGCGUCUUACAAGAUACAGUGGUUUACAGAUUUCUGACAUUAUCAAGGCUAAAUGUUAUAUUAUGACCGAAGACCUAGCGGCUGAGUGUUUUGUAACACUGGAAUAUUAGGAGACAGGAUAUUAAAGAGGCUAGCACAGGGAUUAAUCUGCCUUAUCCUACUGGACAAGUUUUAUCUGUGAAGGAUUUUCUUUUCUUUUUUUUUUUAUAUUUUUGUGCAUAUAAAGUACUUUGGCAGAAUAAGGAUUACUUACUUUGCCAAAAAAAAAAUGUGUUGAAAGACAAAUAGUGUUCAGAAGAGGAUAUAACGAUGACAUCUAGAAUGUCACGGGAUUUUUUAAUUUGAGGAAGCCACCUUUUAAGCUGAGAUGAAGGAGCUAAUUUCUGUUGUGGUUGGAACUUUAGCUCUCUACAUUCCAGUCAGUCAAUGUGCUCAAGAAUUUGAGCAGCGACCAGCAAACAAGAGCAUAAUACAGGGCCAAAAUGUCAUGCUGGAGUGUUCUGUCCGCGAUCUGGCAGGAGUUCUACAGUGGUCCAAAGGGGGAAUCCUGCUCGGUUUGGACCCCAGCCUCCCUGGUUUUUCAAGAUACUCCAUUGUUAGAAAUACUCCUUCACAGUACAACUUGCUAAUAGAAAACACUAAACUUGUGGACGAUUCAUACUAUGAGUGUCAGGUAUCCCCUGAAACUGACAAUCCAGCACUCAAAGCUAGGGCCUACCUCACAGUGCAAGUUCCACCAGAGCAACCAGAAAUUCUGGGAUAUGCCAAUGCCAGUACUAUUGCCCUUAGCCCAGAUGAAAAUCAGCUGACUAUGACUUGUGAAGUACGCAGGGGACACCCAGCAGCCACUAUAGAGUGGUACCGCAACGGUAACUUGGUGACAGAAAAUGUUCGCACUUCCAAUGAGCCGGUGUCUGGAGGGAGUAAACUGAUGACUGCUAGGAGUAUAAUAACAAUUACCAACAUUGCAGACCAUCACAACUCUAUUUAUAUGUGUAGGGCCAAGCAUGAUGCUCUGAAUAAAAAUUGGAUGCAGACAUUUGUCAAACUAAACGUAUUAUCUCCCCCUGGUGUCCCAGAAAUCACUGGCUAUUCAUCUGGUCAGGUGAUCCGAGAGGGUGACACCCUGAGGUUGCUCUGCGUGUCAAAGGGAGGUAACCCUCUACCUCAGGUGAAGUGGUUCAGAAAUAAUGUGGAGGUGGACAUUUCUCACACCACAGACCCUGCCCAGUCUAUGAAUGAGUACCUGUUUUCAGUCAGAAGGGAGGACAAUGGGGCUGUUUAUAGAUGUGAGGCCUCCAACACUGCUACCAGUGCUCCUCUUACUGCGGAGGUUACCCUCAAUGUCUACUUCCCUCCUCAGACUGCCACAAUAACAGGUGGAGGUUCCCCAGUAAAGGCUGGACAACAAGUAACCUUGACCUGUCAAUCCUCCCUUAGUAAUCCCAAGGCCGUCAUUACCUGGUAUAGCAGGGGAAAAAUCAUCACAGCGAACAGUGACCCUACAUACACCCCUGGCAGUAAUGGAGGAUUCACCUCAAGGUCAUCUGUCACAGUGACCAUGUCUGAGCAAGAGAAUAAUGCUAUGUACAUCUGUAAUGCUGUUAGUGACAAUAGAGCACCUGUAGCCACAGCCAAUGUCACGCUCAGUGUACUUUACCCCCCAGGUGCUCCUACUAUAGAGGGUUACAGUGAGAGUGACCAUGUGGUGGCAGGGAAGGCAGCCAGAAUGACCUGUAAAUCUGUUGGAGGAAAUCCCACAGCUACACUCAAGUGGUUCAAAGGUAACCAGCCCCUUGUGUCAGUGUCUAGUACCAGUGGUAACAUGGUGACUUCAGAAUUGCCCUUCCUGCCCACUCCUGGGGACAACAAUGCUAUCUACAAAUGUGAGGCCUCUAACUCAGCCACCAGUUCUCCACUGACAGCUCUAGUCAAACUCACCGUCUACUUUGCUCCAGAGGGAGUGAAUGUUUCUAUGUCCCCCUCCCAGCCAGUGUCAGGACAACCCCUGCGUCUCUCCUGUGUAUCUGAAUCCAGUAACCCUCCAGCUACCAUUGUCUGGAUCAAGAACCAUGAUCAAAGUAGGGAGUUGCGUGGAGUCACAGAAGGGACGGUGCCAGCAUCCAAUGGUGGUUCCAGCACCACAAAUUACCUAAACAUCAGGCCCUCUGCAAAUGAUCACAAUGCCACUUACUACUGUAAGGCCAAGAAUGAAUAUAUCAACAAAUCUGUCAGUGAUGGACUACGGAUCAGCAUUCAGUUUGGUCCAGUUUUCCAACCCUCUGUCUCUCUGAUUGAAAUGAUUGAGGGAGAAUCAAAGACAGUUGAUAUGAAGGCUGUGGCUAACCCAACCUCCAUCACCUAUACUCUGUAUAAAGGAGGGCAGCAAUCCAGCAGCUUCACCCCAAACAGUGGCAAACUGAGGAUUAGUAACAUUCAGAGGGGACAAGCAGGGAACUACUCCCUGAAGGCCAGCAACUCCAUAGGCAGUGCAUACCACUACUUCCAGGUCAAGGUCAAAUUCCCAGCAGAGAUCAUAAGAUUUCAGGAGACAGUUUAUGCCAAUGAGAGGGAAUCAGCCUCUAUUAUUUGUGGUGUCAAUGGGAACCCAACAGUGGACAACAUGGCUGUGUGGUCUCGACCAGGAUUUGACAUGUCUAAAACCAAACAGGUGUACAGAAAUGGCGAGAGCCAGAUUAUGAUAUAUGAUCUAGAAAGAAGUGAUUCUGGGAAAUUCAUAUGCACAGCUGAUAACCAAGUAGCACAGCCCCAGACCAAAAAAGCCAACUUGGUGGUCAAGUAUUUUGCUGGUAUUGACAAGUCUCGACAGUAUGCAAAAGCAGGAGGAAAACAUGGAGAUACUGUGACCCUCGUCUGUAAGGCUGAGGGAACCCCAGAGAUGCAGUUUACCUGGCUAAAGGAGGACACAGAGUUGCAGAGCAACAGUAAAUAUGCGAUUAGUUCUACAUCAGCAGCCAACAUCUUUGACACAAAGUUUAAAAGCAGACUUACAGUAAGGAGUAUAGCUAAGGCUGAUUAUGGAACCUACACAUGCAAAGCUACGAAUGACAGGGGCGAGGACCAGUUUAAUAUUAGACUCAAUGGCACUAGUAAACCUGAUCCUCCCUAUGAUUUGACCUUUGUGAACUCAACCAAGGACAGUAUUACUUUCUCUUGGAAGCCUGGUUUUAAUGGAGGACUGGACCAGGAAUUCCGUAUCCAGUAUCAGAGAAAAGGUUCAAAGUCAGUGACCACCAAAAGUAUAGACGUGGAUAAAAGUGUCGACAAAAUUGUCAUGACAAUAAAAGGAUUGGAGCUUGGACAUGAGUAUAAGAUUGAUGUGCUGGCUAUUAAUGAGUUAGGAGAGAUGUGGGAUGAACAACAGUUCUCUGCUAAAACAGCAGUGUCUAAUGGUGCUAACCCUGGGGAUUCCUCGGCCACACCUGCCACCAGACAGAGCGGGGAUGACACCCCUGUCAUGAUCAUCCUCGUUGUCUGUAUCGUCGGAAUCUGUCUCCUCGCUCUCAACAUCGCUCUUAUCUUCUUCUUUGUUAGGAGGAGGAGGAAGAGAAUGGGUCACAGUGGCACCAGUAACCACUCCAAUGCCUUAGAACUGUAUGCCCCAGGUAAAGAAAACACUUAUCCAAUGUACCCUAAGACACCCUCAGAUGAGUACCAUAGUUAUGGAACCUACGAGAAAAACAUGGAUGACCUCUCUGAUGACUUCAGGAAUUAUGAGCCUAGUGACCAAAAAAGCACAAGUACCCAUAGCUCCAAUAUACAAUGUACCUGUUAUACGGUGAAGUUGAGUUCCCGAGUUAAUAGGGGGAGCUGCUGUCUGCCUCCAGAAUCUUCGGGGUCAUCAGGGGAUGAAGAUGUAAAGCGAGUGUUCUUACCUCCCCCUGCCUACAGUAAUCGUCCAUACUCACCAAACAAACUCGACUCACCUCCUCUCAGCACUCAUAAAGCCUACUUGUCAGACUCACGCUCAUAUAUAGACGACGACAGGGAGGGAAGCUGGCAGUACGAAGAUCCAUAUAAAAUGAAAGGAAGAAAGGGAACAUUUGAUCCUCAGUAUGAUAUGGGUUCACAGACUGUCAUUGAUGAUGACAGGUAUUAUGAUGAAACGAGACCAAAGCAGAGCAUCACAGACUUGUCUGAACGCUCCAGUCGCCCUCCUAGUCGUAGUGUCAAUUACAGGACCACACCCCCUCCACCCCCAGUUCGCUCAUCCAGUAAGGGGGCAGCCAUUAAUUAUGUUAAUCACACAGCACCACCACUGCCAGACAGAAAUUACGACGCUGAUGAAAUUCAGCAGAAUUAUAAUCCACGUUACACACCUUCUCCAGGUUCCAUUGCAUCAUUUUCAAAUAACCCAAAUGUGAUUACAAAUCCAAAUUAUGAUGGACCUUCGAUGCGUGCAUCACGGACAAAUAUAGUGCCUGAUGACAUGCGAGGACAUCUCGUGUGAUAAUAAAACUUGAUCCAGAAUUCCAGUAUUAUGUGAUAGUAUGAUAGACUGAUUAUAAUGCAGCUAUGUGCUAGUGUUCAUACAAAGAAAAGAUGAUGACAGUAAACAUGAAGAAGAAGCAACCCAGGUAUGAUCAACUGAGAACUUACAAGAAGGGCCAAGGCCCUGUAAUUGAUGAAGUCUCGGAAUCUGCCUUGAGAAGAAAUUUUUUUCUUUGUUUUUUUUUUAAAUAAAAUGUUUUUAUUUGUGCAAUAAGGAGAGAGAUAAUGCGUCCAUUUUCUACUGAUGGAGAAGAACAUUCCUGACUUGUGUAUCAGCUGUUUUUGUCAGCUGUUUUCUGUGAGAUUUCAUGCUACAUGUUAUUUGGGAGGAAAUUGUGCAUUAAUAUUUUUGAUCUGCUUAUGAGAUAUAUAUGUGUGAGUAAAAGUCAUUUUGUGUACCUGUUAUGUAUGCAUAUACAUUUUAUUUCAUGUGACUGAGAAAUAAGAUUUCUUCAUGUGCAUAAAGAUUCGUAUUUGUUUGUUAUCAUGUAAAAGUCAUACUUAUUUUUAAUGGUUGUGAGAUAACUGCCAAAAGUGUGUAGAACAGUGAUUUAUUUGAAUGCAUAAAAGAUGUAUUGUUUGUGCCAGUUUUCAGGAUACAUGAAAUGAGAUGUUUGUCUUGCCAAAGAAAUAUUAUUUUUCAUAUUACUGUUUUAUUAUGUUUGAAAGGAGUAAGAAAUGUUUGGGAUUUUAAAACGUAGAUUUUAAAAAAAUGAUAAAGUUGGUACAUGUACUAUUAAGAAGUUCAAGACCACACAACGAAAAAUUUAUUGUCACAGAAAUUGUUUAGAAGAUUGUUGAUUUUAAUGGCGAGAAAAUACUCAGUUUAUCUGUUUAUGAGUUCAUAGUGCUGACUGUAUUUUAGUUAAAGUUCAUUCUUUUAAUUUGUUUUCUUUUCUGCCUUUGUUAAGAACUUUUAUACCCACCUUGAAUAAAGUUAGAUUUAAUGCAUAUUUAAGAAUCACCUAUUUCGUCCAUCUGUCUGUCUGUAUGAGUUUCUCUGAAACAGAAAAACAUUUACAGUAUCCUAUCCUAAAAGUAUCCUUUGUGAACAGUUGAAGAUGGCAUGAGAAAUUGUCAUGAAUCUCAGGUGUUUGUUUUGAUAAAUGCCACAGAAGUGUUAUGAAGCUGACCAUAGAGAAUUUAGAAGGGUUCCUCAAGAUCACAUGUUGAAAAUAUAUGAAAAUAGUUAUCCUAGUCGUAGUUGAUCACACAGAAACCUGAUUAUUUUUUAUGGCAUUUGGAUAAAGUUUAAUUUUGGGGAGGGGUAGGAAAAUUAGCUUUAGACAUGCAAGAAAAGUACUGUAAAUCACUUUUUAUUUGCGAAAACUUAAUUUUCUCGUAAUUAUGUGAGACAGUGUGCUCACGAAAAUUUCAUUCUUGCAUAUACAUGUAAUAGUAUACCUUAAGAUUAUAUAGAGCAGUAACCACAUUUCAUGAAAAUUUUGUCUCGCUAUAAAGAGUCAAUGACCAUCUUACGAAAAUAAGGUGUUGCGAAAAUUUAGUGAUCUACAGUAGACGAAAUUCUUUGGUGUGUAACUAUUGGAUGACAUUUAGAUUCAGAAGAAAAAAGUUUUUACACCCUUUUAAAUUUCCCACAGCAUUAUUAAAUUAAUUGCAUUGCAGCAGUGCUAUAAGCCCAUUCAUGUAAUUAUUUCCUAGGAUUAGUUAUUGCUCUUGUCUUCAGUCAGUAUAAUGAAAAAAGGUUCAGAACAACCAGUAUUUCCUGUGUAUCUAAUGGUAGCAUUGGUCCAACAAGGAACAUUUAUCAAUGAUGAUGAUAAAUUUUCAUAAAAACAUAUAUGUCGCACAAUCAAAAAUAUGCAUAGAUUUAUGAGAUUUGAAUGGACAGUGAAUAAAAGAUAAAAUAUG